CGGACCUUAGCUAGUGAGGCACCCUCUGGCCCGGAAGGAGCUUACGGUGAGCUGGGGUCCGGCAGCCAUAGCGCUUUGCAAUUCGGCCUCAGAAAGUGUAGGGCCGACUCGGAGGAGGGAGUUACGUUCGUUCCAGUCUCAGACCCUGUAAGAUUUGGAUAUGUCUUUCAUAUUCGAUUGGAUUUACAGUGGGUUCAGCAGUGUACUACAGUUUUUAGGAUUAUAUAAGAAAACCGGUAAAUUGGUAUUUCUUGGACUGGAUAAUGCGGGAAAAACAACAUUGCUACACAUGCUAAAAGAUGACAGACUUGGACAACAUGUCCCAACAUUACAUCCCACUUCAGAAGAAUUAACUAUUGCUGGUAUGACUUUUACAACUUUUGAUCUGGGUGGACAUGUUCAAGCCCGAAGAGUAUGGAAAAACUACCUUCCUGCUAUCAAUGGCAUUGUAUUUCUUGUGGAUUGUGCAGACCAUGAAAGGCUGUUAGAAUCAAAAGAAGAACUUGAUUCACUCAUGACAGAUGAAACCAUUGCUAAUGUGCCUAUACUGAUUCUUGGGAAUAAGAUUGACAGACCUGAAGCUAUCAGUGAAGAGAGGUUACGAGAAAUGUUUGGUUUAUAUGGUCAGACAACAGGAAAGGGCGGUGUAUCUCUGAAAGAACUGAAUGCCCGACCUUUAGAAGUUUUCAUGUGCAGUGUGCUCAAAAGACAAGGUUAUGGAGAAGGAUUCCGCUGGAUGGCACAGUACAUUGAUUAACAUCGACAUCAACCUGCCUCUGCUCCAGGUCUCACAUUCAGGCCUACUCAGAGAUUUGAUCACUCAACAUGCAUAACUUGAAUUCAAUAGACUUUUGUUGGAUUUAAAAUAGAUGUUUUUUAGAUUAUUAAUAUAUAUAUCAACUUAAUUUGAGAGAGAAUUGAAAACUGAUUCAAGUAAGUUUGAAUAUCCCAAUGUUUGCUUUCUAAUUCCAUACAAAUAGUUUUUAAAGUUUAUAAUCUGAUGUUUACCCCAGCACCAUUUAUAAAGAGCAACUUUACAGCAGUACAUUUGAAGCACUUUUUAACAUUGUGAAUCUACAAAUAUAAAUCAUAUUUAAAAGCUCAUCAUGUUAAAUUUUUUAUGUACUUUUCUGGUACUAGUUUUUAAAUUUUAGAUCAUUUGUCUGCCUCUCGAGUGUACAGUUAAUAAUUAGCUUAUCAAUGAUUGCAUGAUGCCUUACAAUUUUCAAUAAUACUUUUUCUUAUGCAAACGUCAUGCAAUAAAACAAACUCUAAUGUUUGGUAUCCUUGUUGGGCAAAUGUUUCAUUUGAAUGUGUCUUAUUUAACUAAGUAUAUUCUUAAAUUUUAAAAUAUUUAAUAUACAGGAGAGGAUUUUGGGAAAGGAAAUUCCUUUAGAAUAUUUAGAAUAAUGUUUAAGUCCCUAAAGGCUUUUGCAUUUACAAUGUAGUAGUUGUAGUUGGUUGCACCUGAUACCACAUUUCUCUUGGAAUCAUGUGUAUUUUUAUCAGUAAUGCUGUCAUUGCCAGUGCUGGUGGACUGUAUGUCCCAGUCCCUGUGGGAUCAGCCUUCUGAAGAAAAGCACAUCUACAAUAUGCAAGGUUGAGCCUCAAUUUCGUAGGCCUUGUAGUUCCAUCCUAGUUAUCUAAUGCUGAAGUGCUCAAGUCUAACUGGUGUCUAGUUUGGUAACCUGUACUUUGCCAAAAAUAGUGACAGGCACAAGUCUCAUUUAUAGGUACUUCCCAGGGCAUGCAACAGGUAGGAUCCUAUGCACAGUUUUCGUUGUAUAGACCUGCAUAUCUAAGGACAAAGAAACAGCUUGUUCUGUGGGGAUUUUACUUCUAUCCUAUAGCUCUUCUGCGUUCUUUGGGAUAUUUUGCUUCCUGGUAGGGAGAAAAUGAAUGUGUUUUUUUUUUUUUCUUAAUUGCUAUCAGCUAGCUCUUCCUUUUUAAUCACAAAGACUCGUUUUUAGAUGUAAAACUUGCUAUGUGAUAGUGUCCACAGCCUCACUGUUAGACUCACUAAUGAAAAUUUAGUUGGUUUUUAAAAGCAUUAUAAUUUCCUAAGAAGUUGAGUUCUUUUCAUAUGUCUGAGAUUCCCAUCAUGAGUAAAAUAAGCUGAAAGGUAAGUGCCCAAAAUGAAUCAUAAGAGUUCUCUUCUGAUUAUAAGCAAGUUUUUAUAGUAUAUUUAACCAGUUCCACUGAGAAGAGAUUGUUGCAAUUCCAUCAAGAAUAAUUUGAAUAUCAACCUUAGUGUUUUCUCUAGCCAUUUCCUCAGGCAAAGUUGGUAUAUUUCUUUGUCAUUGAUAACGUAACCUAUGAAACAGAUACAGAUUGAGGAAUGUGACUGGAAGGAAUUAGUAAGCCAACAAGAUCAUUUCUUAACACUUGGUUUUAGUAAUUUGGCUAUUCUAUUUCACUUUCAGCUUGUUUCUAAGUGAAAAUGAAAGAAUUUCUUCUCUGCCUAGAAACAUCAGUAGCACUAAGGGAAAAUUAGAAAAUGACAUUGCAGCCUGUUGGUUUAUGUGCCAGAUGGUUUACAGUAUUCGCUCCUAAAAUCCUGACUAUACAGAGCUAAGCCCUAUUAGAAAACAUCUGCAUCUUGUUCAUUGGUUUCUGUCUUCACUACCUUCAGGGACAUACCUUUCUGCAUGUAUUUCCUAGAGGAGCUGUUAUAAUACUCUAAUCAUUUUGGCAUAAAUUGGUAAAAAGAAAAAAAAAUUAACGGGUUCUUGGUAAAAUAGUUUGUUCAAGAACCUUCAU